GACACAGAGGCUGUAUAGCACCUUGUGAGUGAGCUUCAAAUGGCAUUGGUUCCAGAGGUUUGGAUUGCAGCAAAUAUACGUAGUGAAUCCAACUGACUUUCCAGAGCUCCCACUUCCCACAGGGGAGAAUUUCUGUGGCCAGAGAAGUGGACUGAGGUGCCAGAGCCUGGGAGGCAGACUUUCCUGAAGCUGGAACUCUUGAAAGAAACACAGAGGAGAGAUGGAGAAAGAUAAUAGCCCUGUCAUUGAAGAAGCUAAGAUUGACUGGAGACUGUCUAAGGGCCUACAGGACCUCCUCACCUGUCCAGUCUGCAAAAGUUAUUACAGUAAACCUAUAACCUUGUUUAGUGGCCGCACCGUAUGUCAGGCCUGUGUUCCCCUAGGAUGCCAACCGAUCCACAUCAAGACCAACUGGAGGAUACAGAACAUACUGAACCUGCUCAAAGUGUUGAAACCAAGCCUGGAAGAGCCCCAACCUGUCUCAGAGGAAUGGUGUCUCAGGCAUGAUGAACCCUUCACCCUCCUCUGUGAAGAAGACAAGCAGAGAAUCUGCCAGGUCUGCAGGUUCUCCAUCCUUCACAGGGGCCAUACCUUGACCCAACUACAAGACCCAGAAGCAUGUCUGGAGGUAAGUUGGCUGACCAAGCCAGCUUCUAGGGAGGGGUGAAGAAAGUGAAGGUUGCUUUUCAAGGUCAAGAAGACAUGGGGACUAUGUGAGCAUUUGUAGGAAAAGAGGGGUUCUCUGGAUUGUGGGGGCUCCCCUUCUAUCUCCCAACUCUGAGCCUUUGCCCAGAUUGUCCUACCUCUCUACCUCAGCUGCUUAGAAUCCUUAGCUUCUUUCUAGCUCUACUUGGCAGCCACCUCUCAUAGAAAACUUUCAUCUUUUCUCUGUUCUAAUAUUCUAUUCCUACCUAUCUGGGUCCAUACUGGAUCUUUCUUGAUAAAACAGGCCCUUUG